AUGGCGAAGGGAAUAUGCCAGGCGUCGAUGUUUUCGUGGUUCGUAGCUAUCUGUGUGUUCAGUUCUGUCGUGAUAAUGUAUACUCAGUUUUCCGUUAUUGCAACCAAAUUUAAAAUGUUGGAUAAUAAGAGUUGGACCAUUACUUCUGUCUCAUCUGAAAAACGCUCAAGUUUCAGUAAGGCGAGUUUCAAGGUGGUGAGUAUUCGGAACACAUCGAAUAAAACAAACGCAGUUGGUCGAGGUAAAUUAGGAGCGGGAAAACCAGUAGAAAAGAAAAAUAUUCCAAACAUGUCAAUGUAUAAAAUACGGCAGGACAAUCUACACAGAUCGCUAAAGGCGAAAGCAAGUAAGCUGUUGUCAUGGCAACCUAAUAUAACAAGGACUCGAGAGGUGAGGAAUAAUCUGAACCAAAUAAAUGGAUCAUUUGUUUUCACACAAAUAAAUACACCUGUUGGAGGAAAAUAUUACAACUCGUUUCAUCAAGACCCAGUGACGAUUGACGAUGACAAGCACCGUUUACUACUAGAGGCGUCUCCCUUUGCACACACUAGUAUACCAUUGUUCAACACUUGUGCUGUCGUUGGUAAUGGUGGGAUAUUACGGCGUAGUAACUGUGGAAAAGAAAUCGAUGCUUCUGACUUCGUAUUCAGGGCGAAUUUACAACCAAUUAAACACUUUACACGCGACGCGGGAAGAAAAACUAAUUUAACAAGUUUGAACCCAAGUAAAGUUAAAAACAGAUAUGAUCUGCUGAGUUCUAAAGCCAAUAUCACAAAGAUUGUAAGCGCUUUUAAGGAAUAUACAGGAUAUAUUUUAUGGAUUCCUAACAGUCAGGCGAUCGCCACUGAAUUAGGAUUUAUUGUUGCCAGAGUCUUAAAAGAAAAUACCACACUCCAGCUGUUAUUGGCAGACGAUGAUUAUUUUAGUCGAGUUGGAGAUUAUUGGAAAUCAAGCAAGAUGCUAUCGACAGGAAUGAUCCUUACCAGUAUAGCUCUGUCGCUAUGUGACGAAGUUCGACUAUAUGGAUUCUGGCCGUUCAGUGUCGAUCUCACGGGGAAACUCUCUCCUAUGCACUACACCAACGAUAUCACGUGGUCUUCCUAUACAAACGCUCAUGAUUUCCCUCACGAAUUCCAACAGCUGACGGAGCUUCAUUCUGAAGGUGUCCUUAGACUACAGGUGUCCGCAUGUGUUGUGUAG